AAAAUACCAUAAUGUUUUUAUUUAUUUGUUAAUUCAAAAUUAGCUAAUCCUUCAAUUCAUUAGUACACUAUUAUUAACUGGUAAGCUCUAAGAUAAAAGAAAAAUUAAAAAUUGACUGUAUACUAUAUGUAUUUGAUUUGAAGUCCCAAAAUGAGAGCCGGUGUUAAACCAAGACUCACUCACCCACUUAACCUUCAUACAUACAUUUCAACACUAUUUCAACACGCUUCUUCAACUCCCCUGCAUUUGCUUUCAUAUAUAUAUAUAAAAUCAAAAUCUCAUAGAGAAAACAAACCGAUAUAACCCCCCAAGAAACACAAAAAUGCAGGAAGAUCCUCAAGCCAAGUCAAAGCCACCCAUUAGAGAUCAUCCAAGAAGCGACAUGGAGUUUGGGGGCAUUAAACCCAAAGCGUUCCAACGAGAUGAAAAGAGCAGCAAAUGUCUUGUUUACAUUCUGGUUAUCAUGGUCAUCCAGGGAUCGAUCCUUUUGGUAUUCGCAAGCUAUUUUUUACGUGCCCGAACUCCUGGUUUCGAGAUCGGAUCCGUCGAAGUUAGAAAUCUCAAGUAUGGUAAUUCAUCGGCUCCAUCAUUUAACUUCACGCUCGUGACCCAAGUCACCGUUGAGAACACCAAUUUCGGAGAUUUCAGGUUUGAUAACAGUACGGGGAGUGUUUGGUGUGGGUCUGAAGUUGUGGGGCUAAUGAAAAUACCUAAAGGGAGAGCUCAAGCUAGGGCAAGUGAGAUGAUGAAGGUUUCUACACAAGUGAGCUCAGUCAGGUUAUCUGAUGCAAACAACUUAGCCAAUAACAUGAGCUAUGGAUUGUUAGAGCUUAAAAGCUAUGUUAAAUUGAGUGGAAAAGUGACUAUAAUGAAUAUUAUGAAGAGAAGAAGGAACCCUGAGAUGAAUUGCUUUAUGAAACUUAAUUUAACAGGGAACACCAUACAGCGUUUAAAAUGCGACUGAAAUGAAUGAAGGGUCUUUAUUUUGGUUUUUGCAUACUUGUAACUGUUUCAUUAUUAUAAGAACACAAUUUUUGUUAAUGGUUGGAAAUAUAAAAUAAUUCUUUGAUUCAUGAAUGAUAUUAUUACCAAUGUUACUGUU